AGUAGUGGAGGGCUUUCUACAUAUAGAAAGAGCGUGCGCGUUCGAAGCAAUUCAGUCUCUUCUCAACCACGCGAACCUCCAAAGCGUUCAGGCAAUGUUAUUAAUUUUCACGAGAUAAAAGUCAUUUAUCAUAUCGUCCUGCCAGUGCUUCAGCAAUAAAAUAAACCAUAAAACGUUGCUAAUCGCGUGCUGAAGAUAUUUAUCUUUCAAAAAAAUAAGUGGUACUAAUUCCAAUUGACUAUUUCUGAUUCAUUUGGAGGACUCCAGUCUCAUCGAUAUCAUGGAGCAGAAUAAUAUAUCGAUAGUGACAUCGAAUGGCAUCACUGAGAAUGUCAAUGGAAAAGUCAAGACCACCAUCAGUUUACCAUCGGCUGCGAGGCUUAGUAAUGCUGCCAAAAUCAAGGCCCCUUGGUUGAAAGACCUCUUCGAGGAGGAGUCCUCAGUGUGGGACACACUCAAGUGCGGAUUAGCGGAGUUUAUUGGCACUGGCCUCCUUGUAUUCCUAGGAUGUAUGGGCUGUGUUGGAAGUUUGGGAGGUAAUCCACCUGAACCACUACAAAUAUCCUUUGUAUUCGGCUUGGCUGUUAUGCUUAUCAUCCAGAGUAUUGGUCACAUCAGUGGUGCCCAUAUAAAUCCAUCGAUAACCGUAGGCUCGGUUGUUUUGGGAAAAAAGUCUCUCAAAGUAGCUUCCGUUUAUCUCUUUGCUCAGUGUCUUGGCGCCAUUGCGGGGUAUGGAAUGCUGAAGGUAAUUACACCUCAGAGACUUCUUCAUGCUGGCGAUCCCGUUAAGAUCGACAGUUUCUGCGUUACAAAUUUAAAUGAGAAUAUAUCAGUGAUUCAAGGUCUCCUCGGAGAAAUAAUGGCAACAGCAGUUUUGAUGUUCAUGACCUGUGCAAUUUGGGACGCUCGCAAUGAGAGGAAUACGGACUCGAUUGCCAUCAAGUUUGGAUUAACUGUUACUGUUCUCUGUUUGGCUGUGGCACCUUAUACAGGAUGCAGUAUGAAUCCAGCGAGAUCACUGGGACCAGCGAUCUGGAAUAAUUCCUGGAGUCAUCAUUGGAUUUACUGGUUUGGACCACUUGGAGGAGCUCUCAUUGCUUCGGUGCUUUACAGGUCGAUUUUUUCAUUAAGACCUGAGGGAUCCGAGAGGCCCAGAGAACAGAAGGCUGAGAUUUGAUUCUCUCCUCUCUGGACUACAAUUCUGUAAUUCGUAGGGGUAAAAAAUUGCCUGCGAUGGUUUCUGUUCAAGUGAAAUCACAGGAUGGAAUCGUCAAGUGAAUAAAUGAGUGAGACCCACCCAUACGACGGAGAAGGACAAGUCUGCCAGAACGUCCAUCUAGCUUUCAAUGAACUUUCCUUGGAAAUUAAUUGGGGCUUUCACGGGAUUUUAAUUCAUCAUCGAUGAAUUUUAUAUUUCAAAAGUUCGUGUUAUACUUGCUGCUCAGAACGAAUAUUUUUCUAUGAAAAGGCCUUAAAUUGACAAGUGAUAUAAAAUUAGGAAAUCAUCUGCUGAUGAAUUGCAAUUAAUUAUGAGCACUGAAGUGAAAUCUUGAACAUUCAACGAUUUGUUGAAUAGAUUAUUUACAAAUUAAUUUUCGCCCCACCACCUUGACACAUUUUUAUUUUAAAAAAAAUGGUACGGUAUUUUACAAUACUAGAUAAAACAAUGGUUAAAUUGAUUCUCAAGUUUUGUAAAACCUUGUUUUGCGUUUUAAUGAAACUUGUAACGAAAUAACCACCAGUGAUGCGCAUUUGAGGGAAUUAGGUUUAACCGACUUUGGUUCGAGAUUACAGGGGUUGAGUUGAAGUUUUAAUUGUUCUCCCGAAACUAUGAAUUUUCAAGCGUCGGUGUACAGGCCGGUAUUACGUUGCUCGCGACCAUCGAAAACUUUAAAUUAUAAGCUAUAUUAUAUCAUACAUAUCACCUUUCAGUAAAGUUCGUAUUGUCUUGUCCAUUGUCAAUCGCUUUGGACUGGGAUUUUUCACGACUGGGAUGGAUGCAGAUGCUGUAUUAUUAUUUUUACUGACAGAUGUAAUUAUUGUUCAACAUUCAAAUAUAUUUAAUACAAAUUUUGAGUAA